AUGGCUGCAGAUCACGUCCAGGUGCUGCCUACGUGGGAGAGGAAAGCACGUAUUCUACUUUGCGUUUUGGGGUUCAUUCUGUCCAUCUACGCUCUCCACGUCGAGCUUUCCAAGGAAAACAAUCCAGAAUACAGAGCAAUGUGUGAUUUGGGACAGUAUGUAAGCUGCUCCAAGGUCUUUACUUCGAGAUGGGGACGUGGGUUCGGGUUGGUCCAGAUCUUUGUGGGACAGGAAAGCCCUCUGAACCAGCCCAACAGUGUGCUUGGCAUCAUAUUCUACUCUUUACAACUGGGACUGGGUUUAGCAUCGUCUCCCAGAUCCGCAGUCCUCCUGGUCUUGGCCUCGUGGGUGUCUGUGGCCGGGUCGCUCUACUUAGCAUCCAUUCUGUUCUUUGUUCUGGGGGAUUUCUGCAUGGCCACAGGUGUAAUGCUGCCCCUUCAGCAGGGUGUGCUGUGGCUUCCUCUGCUGACUCUGUACUUGAGCUGUUUACCUGAAGCAACACUCUGCAAGACUGAAGUAAUGGAAGAAUACGCAACACGGUGUCUCAAUGUAACUCGACUGAAACCCUGA